UCUAAGGCAUUCGUUCCGGAAAGUCUUAGGCCUGGGGAUUUUGGACUUGUCCCAUUGUCUGCAAGAUAUUUGCAGAGCGAGCCAGUGACAACGUGAACCACAACUGGGAGAGCAGAAAGUGAUGGAAGCUGGAGAGGAAAUGGAGCAAAUCCUGAAAAAAAGGCAAGUCUUGCUGUUCUUUGUUUUGCUGGGCAUAGCUCAGGCUGGGUCCACCAUUAGGCGCUAUUCGGUGGAGGAGGAAGCAGAGAAUGGUGUUUUUGUGGCAAAUUUGUUAAAGGACCUGGGGCUGGAGGUAGAGGAACUUGCUGCGCGGGGACCACGAGUCAUUUCCAAAGGGAAAAAAUUGAACUUAGAAUUCAAUAGGCAAACAGGAGAUUUGUUGUUAAGGGAGAAACUGGACCGGGAGGAGCUGUGCGGCCCUGCUGAUCCCUGUGUGGUAACUUUCCAGGUAUUACUGGGAAAUCCUUUGCAGAUUUUUCAGGCUGAGCUACAGAUUAGGGACAUAAAUGAUCAUUCUCCCGUUUUUCUGGACAAAGAAAUAAUUUUGAAAAUUUCAGAAAGUACUGCUUCCGGUACCACUUUCCUAAUAGAACGUGCUCAAGACUUAGAUGUAGGAAGCAACGAUCUCCAAACUUACACAAUCAGCCCCAAUUCCUAUUUUCAUCUUAAUCUACAAGACAGCCCUGAUGGCACAGUAUUGCCACAGCUGGUUCUGGAUAAAGUUCUGGAUCGGGAGGAACGAUCUGAAAUCAGAUUAAUACUCACAGCACUAGAUGGUGGGAAUCCACCUAGGUCUGGCACCGUCCAAAUCCUUAUUGAAGUCUUAGACAUCAAUGACAAUGCCCCGGCGUUUUCAAAGCUUCACUAUGAGGUUCAGGUCCCAGAGAACAGUCCUGUUGGAUCCCAGGUUGCUAUUGUCUCUGCUAGGGAUUUAGAUAUUGGGGACUAUGGACAAAUUGCUUACACCUUUUCCCAAGCCUCUGAAGACAUUCGGAAAACGUUUCGAAUGAAUGCAACAUCAGGAGAAAUCCUUUUAGUAAAGACACUGGAUUUUGAAUCCAUCCAGACAUAUACAGUAUAUGUUCAGGCCACCGAUGGUGGGGGACUUUCUGGAAGCAGUGUGGUGUUUGUUCAAGUAUUGGAUUUGAAUGACAACCCUCCAGAACUGACUAUGUCCACAUUUACCAAUCAAAUCCCGGAAAACGCCCCAGAAACCGUAAUUGCUGUAUUCAGUGUUGCAGAUCCUGACUCUGGAGACAAUGGAAAAAUGGUUUGCUCUGUCCAAGAAGAUCUCCCUUUCAUUCUAAAACCCUCAUUUGAGAAUUUGUACACUCUUAUGACAAACACAGCCCUGGAUCGAGAGACCAGAUCACAGUACAACAUCACCAUCACUGUCUCAGACAUGGGCACACCCAGACUCACAACCCAGCACACCAUAAUAGUACAGGUGUCUGACAUCAACGAUAACGUCCCUGCCUUCACCCAAACCUCCUACACCCUGUUCGUCCGCGAGAACAACAGCCCCGCCCUGCACAUAGGCACCAUCAGUGCCACAGACUCAGACUCAGGCUCCAAUGCCCACAUCACCUACUCUCUGCUGCCGCCCCACGACCCGCAGCUGGCUCUUGACUCGCUGGUCUCCAUCAAUGGUGACAACGGGCAGCUGUUUAUGCUCAGGGCGCUCGACUAUGAGGCCCUGCAGGCCUUCGAGUUCCAUGUGGGCGCCACAGACCGAGGCUCUCCUGCACUCAGCAGCCAGGCUCUCGUGCGCGUGGUGGUUGUGGAUGACAAUGACAAUGUGCCCUUCGUGCUCUACCCGAUGCAGAACGCCUCUGCACACUGCACUGAGCUGCUGCCCAGGGCGGCGGAACCUGGAUACCUGGUCACCAAGGUGGUGGCAGUGGACCGCGACUCUGGCCAGAAUGCCUGGCUGUCCUUCCAGCUGCUCAAGGCCACGGAGCCCGGGCUGUUCAGCGUGUGGGCGCACAAUGGCGAGGUGCGCACCACCAGGCUGCUGAGCGAGCGCGAUGUGCCCAAGCACAGGCUGGUGUUGCUGGUCAAGGACAAUGGCGACCCUCCGCGCUCUGCCAGUGUCACACUGCACGUGGUGCUGGUCGAUGGCUUCUCUCAGCCCUACCUGUCUCUGCCAGAGGUGGCGCACGACCCUGCGCAUGAUGAGGACAUGCUAACGCUCUACCUGGUCAUUGCCUUGGCAUCUGUGUCUUCUCUCUUCCUCCUGUCUGUGCUGCUGUUUGUGGGGGUGAGGCUGUGCAGGAGGGCCAGGGCAGCCUCGCUGGGUGACUGCUCUAUGCCUGAAGGCCACUUUCCUGGCCACCUGGUGGAUGCUGGCGGCUCGGGGACCCUGUCCCAGAGUUACCAAUAUGAAGUGUGCCUGACUGGAGACACUGGGACACCAGAUUUCAAAUUCCUGAAACCAAUUAUCCCCACUUUCCUCCUUCAGAGUUCAGAGAGAGAGAAUGAUACAAACCCUAGUUACAGGAAUAGUUUUGAAUUCAAUUAAAUUUGAAAUUUAUUUCAAAUACCUCGGUGAGGAAAUACCAAGUCUAGUCUCAGCUAAAACCUGAAAGACACGAUUGUGCUGCUGUGGCAACUGAAGGUGUCUAUUCUUUGAAAGUAACUGUCUUGCUCCAAUCUUUUGCAUGUUCCUGGCAUUUCUAAAAAAAAAAA